CUCUCAGUUGCUUCUCGUCCUUUGCGGCGAGUGUUUCUAAUUUAACUUGUUGAUUUUUCAGCUGAAGUAUAUAAUUUAUUUUGCCACUGGUAAAAGUUGUAAAAUACGUACUUAUCAAUCAGAAUGCCGUUACGAGCUAAACUUCGUCUUUUGAGUCGUAUGUCAUGUUUCAUUGUUGGAAGAACUAUAGAUAAAACGGGGAGAACUCGAUUUGCUGCUCACAUUACUGGAAGAAAUUUCUCUGUUAGUAGCACGCUCGAUAUGAGGUUCGUCCAGUUUGUUAGUAAAAAUGGAGGACCCCAACAUUUGGGGGUGCAACUCAAACAAGGUGGAGAUAUAAUUGCAAUUUCUGCUAUUGACUCGAGGAUACCAAAUACAUUGAAAAAAUUCUUAGAAGGCGGUGAUGACCUUCUUAAAAAGGCAAAAAGGAAAGGCGAUAAUAAUCUAUUAGCAGCUGUAAAGAGAAUAGUGGCAGAGGGACGAAGUGUUAUACCAGAGGCUGAAGUAAAUUUUCUAGCACCAAUCACACAUAUGGAUAAAUUGGCAUGCAUUGGCUUAAAUUACAUUGGUCACUGUAAAGAACAAAAUGUUGAACCACCUCCAAGUCCUGUGGUUUUCAGUAAAUUUGCUAGUAAUAUUAUUGGACCAACAGACAAUAUUGAAUUACCUGCAAUUUCAGAUAAAGUUGAUUGGGAAGCUGAACUUGCAAUAGUUAUAGGAAGAAAAUGCAAGAAUAUAAAUAAUCAGGAUGCGGAUGACUAUAUUUUUGGUUACACGGUAGCACAGGAUUUGUCUGCUCGAGAUUGGCAAAAGGGUAAACGAAAUGGCGGUCAAUUUCUUCUUGGAAAGGCGAUGGACAAUUUUUGUCCCCUAGGACCAGCAGUUGUCACAAAAGAAGCAAUUUGUGAUAUUAAUAAUCUCACUGUCAAAACUUGGGUAAAUGGACAGGUCAAACAGAAUGGUAACACCGGUGAAUUAAUCUUCAAACCUCACGAUAUUGUCAUGUAUCUCUCACAGUUCAUGACAUUGUUACCCGGUGAUGUUAUUUUAACGGGCACACCAGCUGGUGUUGGAUUUUCUCGAAAGCCACCAGAGUUUUUGAAGAAAGGAGAUCUUUUGGAAACAGAAAUAGAGAGUCUUGGUAGAUUGAAAAAUAAAUGCGUUUGAUGGAAGAUAAUUGGAAUUUUAAUAAAAAAAACAAAACCUUAUCAAAAAGGUGUUGCAAUUCAAUAAUGCAUAAAAAAAAAUUUAUUUAAGCGCCAGAUACAAAUCAAGAGAAAAGACAUUGACUGCAACCAAAGCCAUGUUUUGAUUUUUAUAAUAAAGAAAAAAAGAAAUUUGUACUCAAACUUAUUCCCUGGAGGAGAGAAAAAGAAUGAAAUUUCUUUUAAGAGAAAUUUUACUUUGUUAUAUACAUAGUAUAUAUAUAUAUAUAGUAUCAGAUAUCUAUACAAAUAAAGAUUUAUAUAAUCGGUAUAUUAAUGCCAAAGCAAAAAGUCUAAAUAUCGAAACCUAAAACUGUCAUUUUUUUUAAAUGAACGGCAUUUCAUGUACCAUAAAAAUAAAAAUGAUACAUUAGUACAAUUUAAA